AUGGCCACACCACCAUCGACCAUCGGAAACACUGGCAGACGCAUGUCAAUUGUAGGAGAGAUCUUGAAUCCAGCUACAAUUAGUGAGGAUCUAACGCAACAACUGGAAACACCGAUCAUGAGUUCUCGUGGAUCAACAUCGAGUUACAAGAGCCAAGGUCCGUCGUUCCUAGGCAAUGACGGAAAGGAUGGUGUACAGCAUCAAGGUGCUACGGACGGCCCUGAAGUAAAAGCCAACAUCUUUGCAAAGAUGUUCUUUACAUGGAUGACUCCCUUGAUGUUUAAAGGAUACAGGAAUCCUCUGCAGCAGUCUGAUCUCUAUUCGCUCCUACCGAAAUUCGAUGCCAAAUACAUCAGUGAUAUCUUUCACGAACGUAUAGGAAUGAAGAGAAAGGCCAUGGGGAAUAUUGAAUCUGAAGAGAUUGAGAGAGGGUUUAGAGGAGAGAUUCUAAAGAGUUUCUUUAUGAUAAUGUGGAAGGACUUUCUCAUGUCUGCAGUCUUUGAGAUCUCACAGUCUUGGAGUACGCUAUUGACUCCGUUGAUAUUGAGUCAAAUAUUACGUUUCCUGUCUACAAAGGAUACUCCGGAUGCUGCACCUCUGUAUACGGGUUAUUGCUGGGCACUGUUGUUGUUUUUCGCGCAAGUAAAUGUAUCUAUAUCAAAUUCUGCCAAAGAGCUGAAAGUUAGGAGUCUUGGAGUCCGCAUGAAAACCAUCAUGGUGUCAGCUAUAUUCAGGAAAUCGUUGCGCUUAUCAGCACGUUCAAGACACGAAUACCCUUCUGGACGAGUUAUGAAUCUGCUGGCCCAAGACACAAACACCCUGGAAUGGUUCUCUCAAUGGAUCCACGACAUGUGGAGUGUACCAGUCCAGAUCAUUUUCCUGUCCCUCUUGCUAGUAUACUACCUCGGACGAGCUGGCGCCUUUGGUGUUCUCUGUGUACUGUUAGGAUUGACAAUUCAAUUCGUCUUGAUGAGAGUUGCCGAACGUAUCGAAUCAAAGGCGUUAAAUUUCUCGGACUCGAGAGUUAAAUUGACCUCUGAAGCCCUUCAAGGAAUGAAGAUCAUCAAAUUCUUCUCAUGGGAAACCUUCUUCAUCAAUCGCCUGACUAAUCUACGAGAAGAAGACUUGAAACGUCAACGAUGGUUGGCAUUCAUCAAUUCCACAUUUAACGGCAUUGUGCAGCUGAUCCCUGUAGUGAUCAGUAUUACUGUUUUCUCACUUUACUGGUACCAAAAUGGUCGUCUCGACCCCGUGGUUAUCUUCCCUGCUCUAAGUGCAAUCAACAUUUUGCGUGGACCUAUGAUUAUGAUGCCUCUGAACUUGCAACUCCUUUGGCAAGCUAUCGUCGCCGUGCGUCGUCUGGCCAAAUACCUUUCAGCAGACGAACUAGAUUCACCACCUACUGUUCACGAUGCUUCUGAUGACAAGAAGAACUCCAUAGUCAUCAAGGAGUCUGACUUUUUCUGGCAGGAAUGGGAAACAUGGGACCCAUCUGUCACUCAAGAAGCCAACACUAAAUCGAAGCAGUCUUGGUCCUCGUCCAUCAAAACCAGGAUCUCCUCCAUUAAGAACGCCUUGUUCAAGAACAAGAGCAAUAGCAACGAAAAACUGGUCAAGGAGGACUCACCCGCCAAGCCAACAAUAGCAGAGAAACCACCAUCAGUCAUGCACUUACAAGGUAUUGAUUUCACUAUACCGAAAGGCUCUCUUACAGCAAUCGUCGGCUCGGUUGGGUGUGGUAAAUCGUCGUUACUUGGUGCUCUUACUGGUGAAAUGUCUCGAGCCAAAGGAUCUGUUGACAUUUAUGGAACGACAGCCCUAGCCAAUCAACAAGGUUGGAUUACAAACGAUUCCAUCAAGAACAAUGUCUUAUUCGGCACUGAGUAUGAUGCUGGACGAUAUCGAGAAGUUGUGCGAGUCACGGCAUUGGAGAGAGACUUGCGAGAGUUUGCUGAUGGUGAUCUCACUGAGGUCGGUACGCAAGGGUUGACAUUAAGUGGAGGCCAAAUUGCUCGUGUCUCGUUAGCUAGGGCUAUAUAUAGGAAUGCUGAUAUCAUCUACAUGGACGAUGUCCUCGCCGCAGUCGAUAGUCACGUCGGUGCUCAUAUCUUUGAGAAAUGUAUUCGAGACUACUGUUCAGAUAAGACUCGAUUACUUGUUACCCAUCAGAUUCACUUUUUGCCACAAGUGGAUUAUAUUUUGUAUAUGGAAAAGGGUCAAAUUACCGAAAGAGGCACAUAUCAUGAGCUGUUGAGUGCCAAUGGUUCAUUCGCCAAACUGGUUGAACAAUAUGGUGUACCCGAAGAAGAAGAAUCAAAAGAAGCACGAGUAGAAGCAGUUGGCUCCGAAAAGCUGGAGAUUCCCAAUGGAGACUUGUCCCGUGGUAUAUCAUCAAUGAAGAGGAAGAACUCGGUUGCUACAACCAGUUCUUUCGAGAAUAAGGACAAGCCUAGGGCUCUAAUGAGUCAGGAGGAGCGUGAGGAGGGGUCUAUUAAAUUCACGCACUACCUUAUGUUUAUGAAUGCAUUUGGAGGCAUCUGGGUCGCUGUUUUGAUGCUGGUCGGGCUAGUGGUAUACAUUGCUUUCCGUUUGGCAUCUGAUUUGAUGUUGCUCUUUUGGACUACGGACAGACUGGGCAAAUCAUUUGAAUUCUAUAUCAUUCUGUAUGCUGUAUUUGGAGCUCUAUUUGUUCUUGGCUCAUAUCUACAUGGAUUAUUUGUUUUCUUACUGUGCCUCAAAGCUUCUAAGAAUUUGCAUAAUGCUGCUUUGGCUAGAGUUUUCAAAUCACCAAUGAGUUUCUUUGAAACGCAGCCACUGGGUCGUAUUCUUUCUCGAUUCAGUCGUGACGUGUCUGAGAUAGAUCGCUUUAUGGCUCAAAUGCUACGUGCCACGCUGAAUCUGCUUGGUUCUAUGCUGGGAACAAUAGGACUGAUCGCAUUUGCUGUACCCUACAUGCUGAUUCUCUUUGCCAUCAUCGUGCCGUCUUACAUCGUGAUGCAAAACUUUUACUCAGCUUCCAACCGAGAACUGAAGCGAUUGGAAUCACUAGCUCGAUCACCACUAUUCGCUCAAGUUUCUGAAUCUUUGACGGGAUUGCCUACGAUCCGUGCAUACCGUGAACAAACGAGAUUCACCACCGUCAACAACAACCUGUUGAAUGAAGCCAACAAACCUACUUAUUUACGAACUGCAGCUGGUUGUUGGGUGUCGAUUCGAGCCCAAUGCAUGGUCGCUGUAAUGGUUUGGCUAGUUCCCACUCUUGGAAUUGCUCUAAAUGUUCCAACUGCUAUAUUGGGUUUAGCCUUAUCGUAUGGUAUUACCAUUCUGGGUUUGCUCAAUUGGUCGCUCAGAAACAUUGCCGAGAUUGAAUCUAGAAUGAAUUCAAUCGAACGAUUGGGUUACUAUGGUACACAACUCCCACAGGAACGUACUACUGGAAAUCCUAAACCAGAUGGUUGGCCAUUCGCUGGUGAAAUCACGCUCAAGCAUGUCGAGCUCAAGUAUAGAGAAGAAUUGGACCCUGUUCUCAAAGAUGUUUCCCUGAACAUCCACGGUGCUGAAAAGAUUGGUGUUGUAGGCCGAACAGGAGCUGGCAAAUCGAGUAUCAUCGCAGCACUUUUCUCUUUGGUAGAGCUCAGUAAAGGCAGUAUCGAAAUCGAUGGUGUCGAUACCAGCACCUUGACUCUCAAAGAUUUGCGAAAUGGACUGUCCAUCAUUCCACAAACGCCCACGCUCUUCGACGGGAGUGUGAGAUCCAACUUGGAUAUGUCAGGAAUCCAUACUGAUGACGCAAUAUGGACUGCGUUGAGACGGUGUGGAUUGUAUGAAGUUAUUAGUAGCUUGGAUGGCAAGCUGGAAUCUCAAGUGUCUGAAGGUGGUGAAAACUUUAGUGUCGGUCAAAGACAGCUGAUGUGUCUUGGACGAGCCAUGCUUUCCAAAGCACGUAUCAUUUUGAUUGAUGAGGCUACUGCCUCUGUAGAUGUCGAGACAGAUGCCAAGAUUCAGGAACUGCUUCGUCAAGACUUUGCCCACUACACGAUCAUUACCAUUGCUCAUAGGCAAGUAUUUGCCAAAGCUGUUCAAUAG